UCUUUAGUAUGAUCUGAUUUAGAUAGGGUCCAUUUUGUUUCGAGUUUUAGGUUGCAGUACGACUAGUUCCGCCAGAGUAUAAAUACAGGAAAACUCGAAUGCUUGUGGCAGUCCGGGGUAAACAUUAGAAGAUGAAAUUCUUGAGUGUAGCAGUGCUUGUGGCCGUUGUGGCAUCCACAUCGGCCGUGUCCUUUUUCUCUGUUGUUCUGGAGGAAUGGGAGUCUUUCAAGCUUGAACAUGGCAAGAAGUAUGACUCAGAGGUCGAGGAGUCAUUCCGCAUGAAGAUCUUCACAGAGAACAAGCACAAGAUUGCCAAGCACAACAAGGGCUUUGCUAUGGGGCACCAUACUUACAAACUCGAAAUGAACAAAUAUGGAGAUAUGCUCCACCAUGAGUUCGUCGCAACCAUGAACGGAUUCCGUGGAAACCACACUGGGGGUUACAAGAGCAACCGCGAAUACACAGGAGCCACCUUCAUUGAGCCUGAUGAUGAUGUGCAGCUGCCCAAGAAUGUCGACUGGAGAACCAAGGGAGCCGUCACACCUAUCAAGGACCAGGGCCAGUGUGGCUCUUGCUGGGCCUUUUCUGCUACUGGUGCAUUGGAGGGUCAGACGUUCCGCAAGACUGGUCAGCUGGUGAGCCUCUCAGAGCAAAACCUGGUGGACUGCUCACGCAAGUUUGGAAACAAUGGCUGCAACGGUGGACUCAUGGACAACGCCUUUGAGUACGUCAAGGAGAAUGGUGGCAUUGACACUGAGGACAGCUACCCAUAUGAUGGAGAGGAUGAGAAGUGCCAUUACAACCCCCGUUCUGCUGGUGCUGAGGAUAAGGGCUUCGUUGAUGUGCGUGAGGGAAGUGAACAUGCACUGAAGAAGGCUGUUGCUACCGUUGGCCCAGUAUCUGUGGCUAUUGAUGCAUCUCAUGAGUCAUUCCAGUUCUACAGCCAUGGUGUGUACAUUGAACCAGAGUGCUCCCCUGAGAUGCUUGACCACGGUGUUCUUGUUGUUGGCUACGGCAUUGACGAUGACGGCACAGAUUACUGGCUGGUCAAGAACUCAUGGGGUACAACCUGGGGUGAUGAGGGCUACGUUAAGAUGGCCCGCAAUCACGACAACCAGUGUGGCAUUGCCUCCUCCGCCUCCUUCCCUCUUGUCUAAAGAGUGAAUAAUGUAAAAGAUCAUGAAGCCACAGUUAAUGUUUACCCUAAAUAAUUUCUUUCCCUCUUUCUUGUGGGUUAGUGCUCUCAAAACAUACAACAAGCAAUACUUCUGAAUGUGAGCACCAGGUUUUGUUGUGUGGGAGUUUUUUAUACAGAGAGCACUAUGUUCUUAAAAGAAAAGCAAAAACCCCAUAGGAAAUUUGUUUACUCGUCUUCAUCACCAUUUAAGAACACUAGAUUUCUUGAAAGAAUGAUAAAAAGAAUUUCACUAUUUAGCUGUGCAACCUUUUCCUAGGAGUGAAUUUUUUCUAAUUGACCUGCUCCCUUCAUGUGACAAACAGGUUAGGGCUUUUUAUUUUUGUAUAAGAAUUGUCUUGUGUCAUAGCAUCUAGGAGUGUGAAUCUUCGCUGUUCAUUUUUCUUACCUGUAAGUGUUAAUGUGUUCGUACGUGCAUUUACAUUUGCUGCCUCAUUUGGGGGGAAAGGCUCAUUAGCUACAAGGUUGUGUGGGAGCAAUAGUUGUACCUCUCCCCACCAGGUGAAAGGAUUGGUCUCCCGUUAAGAGUUUACCCAUUGCAUUAAAGGGUUUUCUUGAGCCUUUUUGUCGGCCAACAUCUUGCAAGGCUUCAUAGGUACGUUUCUAGAAAUGAAAUGUCUGAUCCAGGAAAUUUGAACAGGAGGAGUUGUGUAUCAGGGAGUACACACCUGUGAUGAUAAAAUCUGCUAUGUAGUUUUCUUAAUAAAUAUUUAAAAGUUA